CUUAGCAUAACAUCGUUGAAUACUUUUCCAGCUUCGAAAAACUUCAAGAAACCAAAAUAGCUCAAAUUGCAUGGAGCUCUGCGAACAAGCCUUCAUUACAAGCGCCAAAGGAAAUACUCUCUCUUCCUAGACCCGUGUGCACGCUCACUGUGUCGUAGCCCGCACUGGGCCUCCAACUGCUGCAGGCGUUGUACGUCGCCUUUAAACAGAUUAUGUCAUAUACAGUUGCCAUGUGUAAAGCCGCCUCCACGUUGUCUGGCACACAACACGUGACACCAUGAGGCAAGGUGGCUGUAAAGUCGUGGUCGUGAUGGUGGUGGUGCUGACAGGGACGGCCGUGAUCUUUCUGGAAACGCCUGCGACCCACCGUUUGCUGGCGGCAGUCGCUGGGCCAUACCCACACACGAGAUACCAAUCCAGGCGGAAACACCCGACAACAGCCGAGUCCUCAAAGUGGCUUUCCCGACUUGUAACAUUCAACGACACGAAUGUACUUGCUGGACUACGAAAAUAUGGUCUGUUGGACCUGCCCACGAAGGAAGACCUCCGCCAGAUGUCGCCUCAGCAGAUGACAAUGACGUAUCACAGUUACAUCGACAAUAUCAACAUCCUGUGUCACCGGAAGUUCCGGAUGGGAAGGGUCGGUGAUGGCGGCUGGGAGGUCUGUGAUGACGAACCCUACAGACCAGGGAAUCCGUGUCUUGUGUACAGCUUUGGCAUCAACCACGACUUCACAUUUGACGAUGACAUAGCGAAGCUGUAUGGGUGCGAAGUGUAUGCGUUUGAUCCAAGUAUGCGGGAAUCAAUCCACAGGCGUUCCCAGUCUGUACAUUUUUCUCAGCUUGGUAUCGGCGGCGAGGACACUUAUAUAAAGCGCUCAGGGUGGCAUCUGAUGACACUACAGUCUAUCAUGGCGAUGCUUGACCACACUGGGAGGACCAUCGACGUCCUGAAGAUGGACGUGGAAGGAGCGGAAUGGGAGAGUUUACGUCACAUGAUCAGGUCACGUGACUUGUCACGUGUAAAACAAUUGUUGGUGGAGUUCCACUUUGACGGAGAGUUUAAAACCAAAGACAUGGGAGUGGCUUUCCUUGAUGUUCUCGUUGACUUGCAUGAUAGUGGAUUCCGAAAGUUUUACGCACACAAAAAUCCAUUAAAAAAUCUAAAGAGCCGUACAUUCAGCAUCGUCAGAACAGCGUGUUAUGAGGUUCAUUAUGUAAAUAUAAAUGUGAAUAACGAUAAGUGAGUGUCAGGUGUAACCUGUUGUGAAUAAACGAAGUUAUUUUC